UUUUUUUAUUUCAGAGCGAAGUAACAUAACUCAAAUUCCAAUCUUAUUAAACAUUCUGUACAUUACCAUCAAAUACCACUGUGUGAUAGCAAAGAAGCUUUUGAUAAUGUUCCUCCUCAGUUUUCAUUUAAGCCUGGGGGAGUAGCAAAGAGCUUAGAGUGAAGCAGAAAGCUUGGGAAAUGCUCGCGAACUAGCAUGAAGAGUCAGGCAUCCAGGAAGGCAACUGGCAGUGCAGUAAAACACAGAAAGUCAGGAAGCAGAAUCAAAGAGAGAAUUAAACAAGGCUCAGGGAGCAUAUGAGGAAGAGGAGUUUAAAAGAAUAGUGGGGAGAGACCCCCGCAGAAGGGAAGCAGCACCAGAGAGCUAGGGAGCAUAAAAAAACCAUUGGAAAAGCUUAACCCUCUGAAUGGUGGCAUUUUCCAGUGUACUAGAAGAUUUGUAUGUACCUGCUCCAGUGAUUAAAGGAACAGCAGAGAGGUCUGGAAAAGAUUAAGCAACACAUUGAAGAUCCAGAAAGACAAUGGAAAUGGACAAGCAGGGAGAGGCCCAGAUCCCACAGAAAUCAUAGCACAAAUAUUAAAUUGAUUUUACUUGAGGCACUUCCCUUUGUUUCUUUAGCGAAGACGUACAUCAGUUCCAUAUGUGCACUAUGACAUAUAAAUAGGACCCAAUCGUCAGUUCCUUGACAGCUGGAGAAUAAUGUAGGUUUUAUGUGAGCCCAGCAAUCAUAUAUCCUCGCUCUAGAGUUAAUAGCAAUGCAAUCAGUGUCUGAGUUCCUUAGCAGAUACGUAGAAACAUGUUGAACAACCACCGCAAAAAAAAAUCUCCAGGUCCAAAACACAUCCUCCUCUUCCAAGCCCUUCCACAUGGCUGAUCAAUUCCCAGACAGCAGGAGAAAGAUGGCACAAACAGAUGAUCCCAGCGGUUUUAGUCGGAAGAUGGCUCUACAUAGUGUGUAUAUGUCAGAACUGCACCUAUUCAGGACAGGCGUUGCCAUUUAAUCCUGACUACUUCAAAACCAAACGUAUUCAAAGAAAGCCAAGCAUACGCUCUUUGUUGAGGUUACGUAUGGCCAGGUGCCAAGUUUUAUAACAAAGAUGUGUCGGAGCGGCCUAGCAGCUUGAGGAUUAGACUGGGACACAGGAGACCUGGGUUCUAAACCCUGCUCUGUCACUAGACUGCUGGGUGACCCUGGGCGAGUCUCACCUCUGGGCCUCAGUUUCCCCACCUCUAAAAUGGCAAUACUGACCUCCUUUGUGAAGUGCUUUGAGGGGUACGGCUGGACAGCAUCCCGUGCUGCUGGGAAGGAGCACCCCCGCCCCACACUGGCUCAUGCGACGGAUGUCUGCCAGCCUCUCCCGGUGCCACCCACCGCGCUCUGGAAGGCGGAGCGGGUCGGUGUCAGGGCAGCACCAAGGCCAGAUACUGACGGGGGGUGGGUGGGGGGGGGGGGGAUGUGAAGUGAACCCCCUCAGUUGCCGGGCGGGGGGCCCAGAGGGCAGGGGUUACCUGAGGCCUUCCCUCGCUGGUGGAGGUGCCGCCCCCAUACUGCCACCCCUCCUCCAAAGGCUGCCCCACUCCGCAAGGAGGCCGCAGGGCUGUGCAGGGGUACUGGGCGUGGCUACCUCGGGAGGGGGCGGAGCGUUUUGUUACCACGCCCCCCCCCGCGCGCGCUCCGCCUCGCUCCCAACCUGACACGCGCAAGAUGGCGACUGCGACUCCCACAGAGGCAGCUCCCGGCGGUCUGCCCUGACAGGCCUCCGUCGCCAUGUUGGUGAGGGCGGGCGCGGCGCUGCUAGGUCUGCCCCGCAGCCCCCGCCCGUGGGUAGGUGGGGGCGGAGCGAUGAGGCGGCGGAGCGGGGGCGCCCCUCCCUCACCCGCGGCUGUUCGGUGCUUCCCGCUCAGCCGCGCGCUCCUGCGCGUGCAGGGGCCCGAGGCGGACACCUUCUUGCAGGGCCUACUCACCAAUGACGUGGAGCGACUGAUGUCGGGGGGGGCGGACCGUCCCCCGGAGGGCGGGGCUCCCUCGCCACAGAGCUCGCCCCUUCCACGCGCUCAGUACACGCAUGCGCUCAACGUGCAGGGCCGGUGCCUCUAUGAUAUCAUCCUCUACAGGCUUCAUGAAAGUCAAGAAGAGGAACCAAAUAUCCUGCUGGAGUGUGACUGCUCAAUGCUGGAUUCUGUUCAAAAGCAUUUGAAAUUGUACAAGAUCCGGAGGAAAGUAGAUAUAGCCCCCUGCCUUGAUCUCUCUUUGUGGGCAGUCAUCCCAGAGGAACAGUCUGGAGAUGUUUCCAGUAUCCUGGAUAAAUCUGCAGACAAAACUUUGGUUUUAACUCCUGAUCCCAGAGCAGAAGUCAUGGGUUGGAGAUUGAUUACAAACAAAGAGGAAAAUCCACUAGAAAUUGUCCCUGGAAGUCAUAUAGGAAAUAUUAGCGAUUAUCAUAGGCACAGGUACAAACAAGGAAUAGCUGAAGGUGUAAAAGACAUCCCGCCAGGAGUAGCCUUGCCACUGGAAUCCAACCUGGCCUACAUGAAUGGCAUCAGUUUUACCAAAGGCUGUUAUAUUGGGCAGGAGUUAACAGCUAGGACCCACCACAUGGGUGUCAUCCGCAAACGCCUAUUACCAGUGCAGCUUUCAGCUCCUUUGCCAUUGGGAAGCAUUCCCGAGGGUGCUGCGAUCUUAACUGAAUCGGGAAAGUCAGCUGGCAAGUACCGCGCUGGUGGAGAUGAACUUGGCAUAGCUUUGUUGCGAUUAGCUAACAUAAAUGAGCCACUUCAUAUCAAUUUACCAGGUGACACUAGUGUGAACCUUACUGCAUCUAUACCUAACUGGUGGCCAAAAACUACCAACAAAUAAAUGAGUAAUCCUCUUUGGCACAUCUGCCUUACUUAACAAACUUUGUCUGAUAGGCUGGGAAAUUCAUUCACUCUCUCACUCCCUUCCAUCAUGUUUUCCUUUGUCUUUACCUUUUAUUUGCAGCACUUGAGCAGCGUGUAUUACAAAAGGGUCCUUGGGAGCUGGGCCAAAAGGCAGAAGGAACCUGAUGCAUCAGUGAGUCACUGACAAAACAAGGGCUAAGUGGAGAAGCACAUAGGAGAAUAGAGAAAUAUUCAGUAAAGUCUUGUAAAGUUCAGGAGCAGGAGUUCCUGCUGCUUGCUUCCCCUUAAGGGAGAAGUGUAUGGGGAGGGAGAUUAAGGAGACUUGGGCUGUGCUGGGCAACUAGGCUCCAUUCCUGAAGAUCCUUGACCCAGCCACAGCACUCUUGUGGCCCAUCCUCUCCCUCUGCAACCUGUACCAUACUUCCCUCUCUGAAAGAGAAUGAAGACAGGCCAAUUAUUGCUGGUUGUAUCAGUCCCAUGGGAAUUUGCAUGGUACAGAGGAGAUCUCUAUACUGACUUCCACUAACUGAUUAGCUCACCCAAAACCAAGGUCCCACAGCUAUGCAGAGAGGAACUUCCGUGGGCUCUGGAACCAUAGAGGAGCCUGUCACAGAGACACUGCUCCCCAGCUCUGUGUCUGGGAGUUUUGCUGGGAGGUUUUGGUUUCCUCCCAUGACAUAGUGGAUGGUUACAUAUAGCUUGAAGAGUCUCUUUGGGGCAGAGGGAGGAGGCUUGGCAUAGGGUGAAGAAUAUUAAGGAGUCCAGUGGGGCUACUAAGGAAUCCAGCCCCUACUCUAUGUGAGGGUGCCCUGUGUUUAUUUGGGUGGUGCUGGAUCUAGGCCAGGCUGCCCUCCAUUGGAUGGAUCAAAACUUAUUCUGAAUAUAGUGCUGCUUAUAUUGAAAUGCUGAAAUAGGAGGUGGGAAUAGGAAUUUUAUCACAGUAUGUGUCAAAUGUUUUUAUGUCACUAUUAUCGUUGUGGUAUUGUAAGGCCUUUUAACAGCAGUGUGCUGCCCAUUUCUUUCAAUAGCAUGUAUUUUUGCUACACUCUAGCUAAAAUGUUCACUCUGAACGUUCCUUGCAUCAGGCUUUCUGCGCUGCUCCUAAAUUGCUGAUUGAUGAGAGCUUUUUUUGUCAUUACUGUUAACUCUCUCUGAAGGAAUAGGAAUGGAUUGUAUUCUGUCUGCAUUUGAAAUACGAAUUUUGCUUUUAAUACUUGACCACAUGGGCGAGCAAUGUAUGCAGAUGCUGUAAUAUCAGUAUGUACUCUACUGUUGCAAGGUCAGCAGAGGAAGCACAAUGAUCAAUAGUAUACCCACAGCUGCCCUGCCAUGGCCAGGAUACUGGUAAUAAAGGCCUGAUCUACGCACAGGUUCAUGUCGGGGUGGGAUAUUUUACUGAAAUAGGUACGCCGAUGCAACCCCUAGUCUGUACACAAUCAUACUUGUAUAAAGAUGCCUUCCUCAUCCUUUACGGGAAUAAACUAUAUUGAUAUAAACUUUAUACCAGUAUAAUUGGUUUAAAUUUGUCAGCAAAUGUUUAGGUUUUGGUUGGCAGAAAUCACAAAUAAGGGUACGUAUAUGCUAGAAAUGCUACAGUGAUACAGCUACAGCUGUGCCACUGUAGUUUUAGGCGCUUGCUACAGUGACAGAAAGAGUUCUUCUAUCGCUGUAGUAAAUCCACCUCUCUGAGAGGUGGUAGGUAGGUUUGACAGAAGAAUUCUUCCAGUGACCUACCAGUGUCUACACUGGGGCCUGGGUUGGCUUAACUAUGUUGCACAGGACGUAAAAUUUUUCACAGUCCUGAGUGAUGUAGUUGAGCUGACCUAACUUUGUAGAGUUGAUGAGGCCUGAGUGUAGACGUAUGCAAAACUGUGCUGCCAAAAAGAAACUUUUACUGGCAAAACUUUCUAGUGUAGACCAGGCCUAAGUGUAGCCAUGCUAAGGAGGUGUACCACUUUAAAUAUACUAGUAUAGUUAAUAGUUAAAAGAGUACAAUUUUGUGUGUAGACAAGCCUAAAUAAAAGUACUAAGAACACAUAAAUAAAAUAUUAGGACCAUGUGCCUUGUGAUUCUUAAAAAAAAAAAAAAAGUGCCAAAAACCUUCAGGGGGCAGCCAAAACCUCAGGCCGUAUGACUGUUCCCACACAAUCUCUUCAAAGCCAAUGAAGGGACAUGUCCCCUCCCCAAGGUGAGAUGUCCAUUCCUUCCCUGCCAACAUGAAUCUCAGCCCCAUAGAGGGCUCUCUCUGGGGGAUGGGGGACAAAGCCACAAAUAUGCAUGAGGAAGUAACAAUCCUGCCUUUGAUAAGAAAAUGCUGAGUAGAGACUGUACAUUGCCCUAUGGAUCUGAGGCCUGCUUGCCACCCACACUCCAUGACCUGUCCUUCCCAGCUGUCUAACUCUUUAGCCCUUAACUAGGGUUUUCCAGGCCCUCACUUUCCUCACUGCUUCACUACUGCCCCCAUCCUCCCAACAGCUUCAUGUGGCCCCCAAACAAGGCCUUCGGGUUAGUCCCUGCUGCUGGCUCUUACUGAGGGUUUCUCUAGCCACCUUACUUCCUGGAUGCUCAAACCUGCACCCAAUAAUUUGGGGCCCCUUUGACUGCUGCUACUUCAUGUUGGCUACUGCUGCUUUUUCCAUCUUUGCACCUCUUUCCCCCCCACCCCCCAGCCUACUCCGGGCCUCCUCUUCCUUACCCCCUCUAACCCUAAACUAAUUUAUAGAAGCUGUGUGUAUUUUUUUAAAUAAAUAAUGUGAACUCAGAAGUGAGGUGUGUGGAAGAGGAGUGAGGGGGAUGAAUAAGUAGGGCCCUGAUUGAAUGGGUCUGGAAGGGGCCCAAGAUGAUGAACUAGCCCUGUUUAUUUGUUUGAAAUAACCAUUGUCCAAAGAGCAUUUUAUCAUUGCCUUGCUGUAGCCAUUACUUUGAAGUGAAAUGUGUAUGAAAAAUGCUCAUAUUCGUUAAAACUCCUCAGGCUUGCUGUAAAAGGAAUCUGUGGAAUUACUCAUUAAAAGUUAGCUAUGUCAAUGAUUUAA